CUGCGUAUUUCAUGGUAACAGUGCUAUAAAUAGAAUGCGGAAUUCCCGCUUGGAUCUACAGGUAAUUCCCAUUCAGUAAGUGAGCUGAUAAGAUAGCACACUGAAAGAUGGCGGCCAGGGGAAAGAGAAACACUGGCCCGGCUGCAAAAAUGAAAACGGACGUUUUACUUAAAAACAGGACAUUUUUGAUCAAGAACUUGCAUAUCGACGAAGUGCUAGAAUUACUCUAUCAGGAGAGGAAAAUCGCCAAAACUGAAUAUGAAAGUAUCAACGAAAAGCGAACUCGAUCAAAAAGGGUGAAAAAGUUAUUAGAUGUCUUGGACACGAAGGAUGACACGGCCUACGACGUGUUCAGAAAAGGACUUGAAGAAGGCGACUGUGACCAGGACUUCAUCAUAAGAAAGCUAGAUGAAACUGAGCAAACGACAAUCUCCACAAAAUUAGUGCCCAAACCGAACAAAAACCGGUAUAAAUUGGUAUUAUUAGGUACAGCUGGGGUAGGCAAGACCAACCUGAUGACGGUGUACACUGGAGGGAAGUUCCUAGUGGGGUCCACAGCGACAGUUGGCACGGACUUUGUAUCUAAGAACGUCACUGUGGACACCGGGAACGAGUGUGAAGAGAGCCAAGUGAGUGUUCAGAUAUGGGACACGGCGGGCCAGGAGACUUAUUGUGCCAUGUCUAGAAUGGUGUAUCGGGAAGCACAAGGAGUAAUCUUCGUGUACGACAUAUGCAACAGAGAAAGUUUCGAGAAACUGGAUUUCUUCCUCUCGGAGUUUAGGCAGUACAACAGUCGCUCUGAUAGGGCUGUGAUGAUGCUGGUUGGGAACAAAAGGGACCUGAUUGGGAAACAAGCCUACAAACGUGAGGUGACUCCGGAGGAGGCCCAUGGAUAUGCUGAGGAACGCGGCUUGCACUUCAUCCAUGAAACAUCAGCAGCGACUCAGGAAAAUGUGGAAAAGGUGUUCAAGAUUCUUGUAAAUGAAAUCUACAACAGAAACCCUGGCAGCGGACUGACUCAGAAGGAUGACUCCGUAGUGUCUUUGACAGACGUCAAACUGAAACAUAGAAAGAUGAAAUGCCCGUGUCUUCGGGGAGAAGCCGACUGAAAGUAGUAAUGUUGGUGAUUAUAAUCAGAAAUCAAACUACUGUGUAUGGCGAUUUUCUCCUAAUGUCAUAUAUUGAACUGAGUCAACAUCUUCAGUAUGUAGGGUAUCCCUGCAGCUGGGAUGGAAUUCAUCCGGGAUAACCAAAUACGAGGCUCUGGACACUGUGUGACGUCACUGGCAUACGAGGCUAGCAAACAUGCAUGAAGCCGCGUGAGGUCGGAAUAGCCUUAUAACUGAAAGGCUAUUCCGGCGAUGUCGUCUGAGAAAGCAAUACAGAGUAACGCGUAAAACAUGAUGAAUACAACCAUUGUGCAUGUCAAGAGAACUUAAGAGAAAAUAACCCUCACAAUAAACUUGGAUGAAUUCCGUCAGCUCUUAUCCGUAGUCGCAUUGCACUCACUAGCGCUGUGUCUAACCACUCCCUCAUCCAAAUCUCGCAACAUCUCGCUUCGUUUUAUGCCUAAUCGCGAGAUUAGAACUAUUUUGGAUGAUUGCCCUUGGGAACUGCAAAUCACGCGAAUGAUACAAAAGAUAAACAGUCAUUCGUAUAUAGUUGCGAGAAGUUAAAUG